GGAUUCUUAUUCGUAGCUUGAAACAGCCGCAGUAUUUAUAGAGAUGGGGAAACAAAACUCUAACAUCAAAUAAAGCAAAACUAAAGAAAGGGGAGAAAGGAUUGUGAGCAUAAAACGUGCAUAGGUAUUUUCCGGUCGUGAACCUGUUAAAUAAUUAUACAAUUCAGUAAUUGAUUCCAAAGUUAUUAUCAUCAAUGUGCAAAGUAACUUUUCAUAUAAUUCUAGUGUCUAAGUUCAUUGGAAUUCUUUUUUUCAUUUUAAUCUGGCUCAUUACCACUCAUUGCUUCGUACACGAGACAACCAGUAGACAGUUAUCAAUACUUUUGAAUGACACAAGCCGGUUGCAGUCCUCAAUUCACCAUAAAAUUACAUCAUUACCAAAGAUUGAUAAUACACAUUUUUCAAAUUGGAGUGAAUGGUCUACAUGUGACUGGUAUUGUUUACAAAGCCGAAUUAAAUUAUGUCAACUCGUAUCAUCAUGUGGACAGACUGAAUUAAAAGAAGAAAGAAGAUGUUUAAAAAAAAUAGGCUAUGCAACAAAAUGCAAUUUAAAACGGAAAAAUCGAAGGAUGUAUGAUUUUACUAUUUUUCGAAUAAUUGAGAAGCCCAAAAAGACCAAAUUUAAACGAUCCUACGAUCAGAGACGAAUAAAAAGGAAAAAGUCAAAAAGAAGAAUCAUAAAUAAUCAUGACUACAGUAACUGGAGUAAAUGGUCCUCUUGCACUAAAUCUUGUACAACACAAAGACGAAGAUGGUGCAAAAAACCAGGCUUUUGUGAUCAUGAUGUCAUAAAGGAGAGUGCCUACUGCUACGUGGAGGCAAGUUUUUGUCAGUCAUGGAUCUAUCAAAAGAUUCAGAAUAGCUACGAAAGACAUGAUGGUAUAAUUUAUUUAAAACAAGCUAACGACAUUUUAUUAAUCAAAGGAAAAAAGAUAUAUCUCAAUCUAAAUCUAAUUCUAGAUCCCAGAUUAAAUACGUUAGAUUCAAAUCCACAUAAUUCUUUGAUAAAUUUUGGAAAGCACGAAAAUGGGGGAUCUCAUGCAUGUGGAAUCAAUAAGUAUCAUGAAAAACACAGAAAAGUGUCUUAUAUGUUAAAAAUAAUUGGUGGACAUCCAGCAGAUGUUGGUGAGUGGCCUUGGCAAGUAGCUAUCUUGAAUAGAUUUCAGGAAGCUUUUUGCGGUGGAACGUUAAUUUCUCCAGAAUGGGUUCUAACAGCUGCUCAUUGUAUUAGAAAGCACAUUAUAGUGAGACUGGGAGAAUAUGACUUAACUGUAAAGGAGGGCACUGAACUGGAAUUCAGUAUUAAUUCACUAUCAGUUAGAAUUCAUCCAGAUUAUGAUGUAGAUACGGUAAAUAAUGACGUAGCUAUGAUCCGCUUACCCAUUACAUUGAGUCCAUCUAAUCUGCGGGGAAUUGCUUGUCUUCCGGAAUCGAAACAAUCCUUACCAACAAAUCAACUUUGUACGAUUAUUGGUUGGGGAAAAUCUAAGACAACUGAUAACUUUGGUACUGAUGUUCUUCAUGAAGCUAAAAUACCGAUAGUUUCAUCAAGACUUUGCAGAAGUAUGUACGUAGAUUACAAAAUCACUGAAAACAUGUUCUGCGCUGGUUACCGCCGAGGCAGAAUGGACUCAUGUGCUGGAGACAGUGGAGGACCACUUCUUUGUCAAGAUCCUAAUAAGCCAUACCAUCCAUGGACAAUAUUCGGUAUUACAAGCUUUGGAGAAGGUUGUGGAAAACGUGGUAAAUUUGGAAUCUACACUAAACUAACCAACUACAUCCAUUGGAUCACAGAUGUAAUGAAAAACCGAGAUUCUUAUUUUUAAAACAAUAGGCUUAAUUACAAAGACAAAGGUUAACUAGUCAAAAAAUCAAGAUAACUGAACAGUAUAUAUACAUAUAAUGGAACAAAUCAAUUUAUUAAGUCUUAUGUGACAAUAAUUCAAUUAUUUCACAUCAUU